GAAUUUUGACCGGUGUGUGUACGGCAUGUGCAGCUUCGGGGCAAUGCUGAGAGUAUUAUUUUGGCCCGUCCCACCUGGUGCUCCAGUCUGUUACCUCUCUGGCGGCGAACCGUCUCAUAUACAACCAUCCAGAGUAACACAGCGCCUGCUCAACACCAAACCAUUCGGAUUCAGGCAGAAUGUCGAUUUCACCGAAAACACAAGGCGGCACUGUGACAUCGUUCCUUCCACUUACAACGACAUACACAGCGCCGGCAUCAUGUUCAAGCAUCUUUCAAUUGGAAGGUCCGGACCUGGUCGCUUUUGAUCCAGCUUACGCAUUGCGAGUCGAUUCGAAAGUCGUCUGCAAUCCAUCUGCCGUCACCUCCUGGUGGCUUCAAGCACUCCUGGGAGUCAACACGGCUGAUCACACCGAUAUCCAACUGGGACCCUUGGUCUGCCCAAGCGGCUGGCAGACACUUGCAUCGUCCGUGUCCGACAAAUCGUCCACGUUUGCUUUUUGCUGUCCACAAAGCUAUUCUCUCGUUGGCCAAUCACCAGGCUCUGCAAACGGCAAUUGCGUUUCCAUGGUCUCGAAAGGCCAAGUCAUAACCUAUGCAUCGACUGGCAUCAAUACCAAUUCGUGGGCGAUAACGACGACAACACUCGAGCGGGCUUCGUCCGUCGGUGCAAUCGCAGUGCAAGGAUGGAACGUUCAAGCGGUGAUGGCACCCACACCAACGAGUACACCAGCGAGCACACAAACCUUUGUGACGUCGACCAACAGUGCGCUUCCCGGAAGCUCUGCAAAUGGCUCCCAAAACAGCAAUCUGGCCUCCACUAGCAGCCCGAGUCCUACCACCACAACGAUCCCCGACUCUAGCAAUUCGCUCUCCGUUGGCGCCCAGGCUGGAAUAGGUGUAGGCGCAUCUCUUGGGCUCAUCGGGAUCGCAGCUCUGAUCGUAGCCUUGGUGCUGCUGUCCCGACGGAGGCGAAGCGAGGCCGAGGACAAACCCGAGCUUUUGACCACUGAGCUUCCAUAUGAAACAAAAAGCCAGCCUCCUCCAUCCUACGGGGCUGCACAACAGCCAUUCUAUGAAGCUGAUCACCAAACAACGGCCCGCGGCUUCCACGAACUGGACUCGAGUCACUAUCGGAACGAGCUGUAUGCCGGUCAGGCACCGGUCGAGUUAUCGAGUAACAACUCUCCACAUAUCGGGAGGUGAAACGAACGGUGUAGGACACUUGGGCUUCAGGCGUUAUAGCGUUGCAGUGGUUAGCACGUGUUUGAUAAUUUCAUUGUAAUUUGUCUAGUAGGCUAAUAAGGGCCAUUCCCAGGCGUCAGUUGUACCUGUGAUAUAGCACCUCGAUGAGCGGCGGGCCCCGAUACACGUUUGAUGCCUUUUCCUGCCCAGGUGGCCG